UGUGGUGCGCUGAUGGUACGUUUAGUACAUAAUAGUAUCUUAGCUUAAUAAUGUGGAGAGACUUGUAGAGCUCUCGUGCUGUAUCAAUGUCUAAACUUGAAUGUGAUAUUGUUUCGAUAUAGAGCCUACACAGCAUGAGCACCUCGGGCCCCUCGUGUAGUUCAACUUUCUCAAGCGAAGAAACUAAUCCUGCCAUGCCUGCUUCGACGCUUGCCUCACCUGCACUUGAUACAUCUAGUAACCAUAUGUCGGCUUCUAGGUCAGGUAGCUCCGUGGAGCACAUGAACAGCUAUAAUAUGUCUCCUACGCAGCUCACUCAGGGUGUUGGGCAGAUGCAAGGACAUAAAAAGAGUGCAUCAGUGCCGACUGUACGCAUGGCUCCCUUGAGUAGCAAUCGCGUAGUAGGCAAUUGCAUACUGCCAGAACUCGUAGAUGGGUCUACCCGUGGCUUUAGUAGCCCCUUCACAUAUCCUAACAUUAGUAGUAAGGUAUUACCCCCGAGUGUAUCAGAUGCAGUAAGUGAUAGAGAAAAUGUGUCUGGAACGAAGCGUGUGUCCAUAAAUCAAGCUGUCUCUGGUAGUUCAAUUCCACGCCGUAGGUCAUCACUCAAGUUCAGUGCAGCUUACUUAACCAGCGAUAAUGGACCAAAGGGUUUGCAGACUCUGACCUCACUUGGACAGAAACAUGUAGUAGCUGGUGAUAAGCAUUCAGGCACAAGUCCAAGUCUGGAAGGUGAUAGAGUACGCGCUGUUGCAGGCGCAGGAAAAGCCUUGAUGCACAAACUUACUGCAUUUCCACUUCCACACACACACAAAACAAAUACACAAGACCAUCAAAAUAAUAGUAUCACGGGCACCAUGGACCAGAAUGGGAAAGCUAGUAAUGUAGAGGGUAUUAGUAGCGGCAGCGGGAAGUUGAGCUCCCUAUUCGGCCUCACAACGAAUCCGGCACGGAAGAAGUCUAUGAUAGCACGCAGAAAUAGUAUCAGUUAUCUUCCGGUAGCAUACGAAAACAUCGAGAUGCCUAUGGAUCUAGAAGAGAUCGCAACGGCAGCAUUAGCGCAGAGGUACAGUCACGAGCGAUACAAAGGCGCGGCCUUGCUGAUACAGAGUUACUACCGACGAUACCGCAUGAGAAUACGAUUUAUGGAGAUGAGAGGCACUUUCGUGCACGGAUCGUCAGAUAUAAAUCAUGCGGGCGCCCUGUCAAACCAGUCGGCAGCUGAUAUGUCCGACGAGGAAUCACUUAUAUCCCCUGAGGACGCAACAUACGGAUCGCUGAUGCGGAAAGGUGUCUGUUUAUUCAAUCGUGAUCCGAAGAAGGGCAUAAUGUUUCUGAGGAAAGAGCGUCUGAUUUUAUCAUCGCACGAGGCCACCGCUGCUUUCCUGCUUCGAGCAGACGAGCUCCGGCUGUCCAAAACAAAGAUCGGGGAGUACCUGGGUGGGUCCAGCACAGUGAUAGUACAAACACUGCGAGAAUUUGUCAACUUACUACAGUUCUCGGACACGCAUUUCUAUGAUGCGUUGGCUUCGUUUCUUAGCCAUUUCCGAAUGUCUGGCGAGGCACAGGUGGUCGAUAGGAUCAUGGAGGCCUUUGCGAGGCGCUACUACCAGCAGAACCCAACGCAGGGCGGGUUUGAGAUCUGGGAUACAGCGUACAUAUUGGCGUAUUCAUGUAUUAUGUUGCACACAGACGCCCAUAAUCAGAAUGUGGCAAGGAAGAUGACGCGUGAAGAGUUCAUCAGGAACAACCGAGGGAUCAACAAUGGCAAAAGUAUUAACCCGGAGUACCUGUCGGACCUGUAUGCCAGGAUCACUACCAAGGAGUGGAAGACCACCGAUGUCUAUGUGGACGAGAUGACUUCGAAAAUCCAGUCCAUCCGCGAAUCCUCCAACAAGAGAGCAUAUAUAGGCCUUAACCGGAUUGUGCAACCAUGGCGAUAUUUUGUCAUGGAGUUGGAUGUUGGACUGAUCAAGGACUACUUCUCGCGGAUUUAUGGUACGCACAGCCGAAAGCUGGUGCUCUUCAACGACAUGCUACUCAUCACAAAGCGCAAGAAACAAGCGGAUGUGUUUCGUACGCUCGUUCCUCUUUUUGGCAUGAUCCGAAUAACAGCGUCUAGUUCGCAAUUCUACAAAAACGCCUUCGAGGUGCACAAUCUAGACCAACACUUCAAGCUGGGACCCUUCUUGGCCAAGGAUCAAGCCAAAGGUGAAGCGUUUUUGGCUGCGCUCGAUCAAUACAUUCUAGAGUCUGAGAGCAUGGAGAACGAACGCAUGGCUCAUCUCAACGGGAAUAGUAACGUACAGCAACACAGUAACCAAAAGAAUACUAACACUCAUAUCAGCCUAUCGAUGGGGUUCAGCACACCACCGGCCCGUACCCAGAACUACAAGGCGCCAUCGGAUGCGGUGACAUUCAGCACACAGUACCUGUACGGUAGUGGUAAGGGCGGUAGUGAUAAGGGUAGAGAGCGGGAUAAGAACAAGGAUCGGGAGACACCUCCAUUUCGUCUGGAGAAGCAAUAUUCCCAAACGGUGUACAAUAUGAGUAUGCGGGAGGGAAGCAAAGAGGAAUCGGGGACGGAAUCUGGGGAGCUACACACCAUCUACACGGCGUUUUCGUCGGAUAACAUGCAGGACGCCACACCAACACAGACUCCCCCACUCCGGCUUUCUCAGAGCCAUUCCGAAUCACCUCGGGGCCAUAAAAACACAUUGAAUUCGAAUAGGGCGGAGAUAAUUGCGCCUACCGUAGCCAAACAAAAACACAGCAACACUAGUAGUAGCACCAUCAGUGGUACGGUAAGGAGGAAGAUACUCUCACAAUCCCCAGAUCCCGGCACUGAGUUCCACUUCAACCCACGCUCACCUAUAACACAGGACGACGAAACACAUGGGAACAAGAUCACGCUAUCCAUCAACGAGAAGAAUGCGCUGCCUCUGGGGUUGUCCAGAAAAGACUCUCAACUGGCGACCAAGCAGCCUAAGGCACGUGCACCCACCAGCAGCAUGUUUCGGCGCAAUAAGACGGGAGGAAGUCGUGAACGCCCGCAGAGUUGUUAUGCUUCACCGUCGCCUGGACAUAUCGGCCGUGCUGAUGUCAAAGAUGCGUCAGAUGAGGGCCACACAGCACUGGGAUUUGGGGGUGACGGGACGGGGAAUACGGACGCGGACAACACUACAGACGACGCUACGACCGGUGACGACAUGACGGACUCUAGUAUGGACUGUGUGAUGCGCAGGCGCAGUGCGAAUCUGAUGCAAAGCCAGAGCUUAGACGUACUGGGUGACCUGAGAAACACCACGAGCGAGACAAAGAAAAAGAAACGCCAUGGCAGUGGGGCUUGUGGGUUGCGUGGGAGUCGAAGCACGGACGCUAUGCGCAAGACCAAGGAGGGGGCACGGAAGAAACGGAACCUGUCACCCUGGAUUGGACAUGAAGGUGCGGGUGUAUGCACAGAUGAGUUGCAAGGUGCCGGUACAGGUCCGGAUGAGGUCGAUUCAGGUGCAUUGGGGCCCAAAAGUGCGAGGAUGAGUGCAUCGAAGCGGUUUGCAGACGAUGCACUUACAGCUGUGCCGCUAUCGAGUUUAACGAGUGAGAGUACACCCAAUAUCUACUUGUUAGGGCCGGGUAGUGCGAAUGACCACUGCAGACAGACCACAAGGCAAGACGAUGAUGCAAAGCUUGCGGGGGCUGGAGGCAAGUUGGGCAGAGGGUUUCCGUCGGAUGCGUGUAUGAAGCUUCAGAGUGAGGAGAGAGACGCUUUAGAAGAGGCAGCACGUGGAGAAGGUCGGGCUGUGCAAACACAGCAUGCACAUGCACCGUGCAUUGAAAAACGCGCUGUCAGUGCCGGAAUCUUCAAGUUCUUUGAUCUAGACCUAUUCAAGGGGAAGAGGAAGUCGUCGAAAUCGAAUGGGGGGGGUGAUGGGGGUUCUACUAAAGGGUCUGCUGAAGGGUCUAAUGCUGGUUCAGGCGCGGAGGAUCGGCCUGCAGGAAGUCCUGCAAAGAAGAGCAGGGAACACAAACCAGCAUCCAAUCUGCGUAGUCGAUGGGGGCUGGAGAACAAGCGCGGCGCUACCAUGGCAGGCGAAGGUAACGGAAAUAAGAGCGGCACGCAUGCAGUCAAAAUGGACCAUCCGUUAGUUAGGCGACGCAUGAGCUCGGCAAGUACAGGGUCUGCAAAGGGGAGUCGUACAGAAACAGGGGCUGUUAAAGAUGUUUCGAGGAUAUGUGGCGAGCUGGGUGCAUUGUCCAGUCGCAGCGAUGACUUGGUUUAUAAGCGGUCCUCGAGCUCAACCCCUGCACAAGUAGAACCAUAGAGUACUGACGCAAGAUUUAGUAAAUACUUCGUGUGGUACUGGUAUCUAUACAGUUCUGAG